UGACUGCUCACCCCCGGAAGUGAUGCAGGGAGGCAGUCUCGCAGGGAGCCGCGGAGCAUUCCAUGUGGAACCCAGGGAGCCUGAAGGAGGCUGUGAAGCUGGUGGAAUGAUUCCCUGUGUAGCUGAAACUAUGUUAGUUGACUGCCGCUAAUGGCAUGGUGAGAUGUGUUGAAGAGCAGCUGCAAGGGUGUCCGACGGCAAGGGGACCGCUCUAGAAGCUGGGCUUGCAACAUCAUGGGCCAGUGUGUCACGAAGUGCAAGAAUCCUUCUUCUACCCUUGGCAGCAAAAAUGGGGAAAGGGAAUCUGGCAGCAAGUCGCAUAGUAAGAGAAGUGCAGUCCACAAAGACGACCAUGGUUCAGCUUGCGGGAAGUCUUCAGGAGAUAUACUUGUGAAUGGGACAAAGAAAACGGAUGCUGCUGUAGAGUCUAGUCAGCCUCCAACAUCUUCUGGAGAUACAAAGAAAGACUCUGUUUCCAGCGCAGAAGAAUCUUCGCUCCAAAGGAUCGGGGAGUUAUUUAGGAGGUAUAAGGAUGAACGGGAAGAUGCCAUACUGGAAGAAGGAAUGGAACGAUUUUGCAAUGACCUCUGUGUUGAUCCCACUGAAUUUAAAGUGCUAGUUUUGGCUUGGAAAUUCCAGGCUGCUACCAUGUGCAAAUUUACAAGGAAGGAGUUUUUUGAAGGCUGCAAAGCAAUAAACGCAGACAGCAUUGACAGCAUUUGUGCAAGGUUCCCCAGCCUCUUAAAUGAAGCCAAGCAGGAAGAUAAAUUCAAGGAUCUCUAUCGUUUCACCUUCCAGUUCGGCCUGGACUCUGAAGAAGGACAGAGGUCGCUACAUCGGGAAAUAGCCAUUGCCCUUUGGAAAUUAGUCUUCACCCAAAACAAGCCUCCCAUUUUGGACCAGUGGUUACACUUCCUAGUCGAGAACCCCUCAGGAAUCAAGGGAAUAUCCCGGGACACGUGGAACAUGUUUCUAAAUUUUACUCAGGUGAUUGGACCGGACCUUAGCAACUACAGUGAGGACGAGGCCUGGCCGAGUCUCUUCGAUACCUUUGUGGAGUGGGAAAUGGAGCGAAGGAAAAAGGAAGAGGAAACCAAAUGUAUUACGUCUUCGGACACAGAGGGCCUGUGUGCGGAGGAACAGACUUAGCGGCGUCGAAGCAGCAGUGACGAAAGCAACCUGUUGCCCUUCACGAAAUGUAAACUCUGGAUGUUUCUGGAAAUUACCGAGGCUCCAGAUUUUUCUACUUUACACCUUUUUCUGCCUUGUCUUUGAAAGGGCUCUAAAAUGCUGUAUCAUGUUUUAGGCACUUUCUUAAUUUUGGUUAUUCCUUUUACUCUUGCCCUGAAAUAUUUGACCCUGGCUACAAGUUAAGUGUUUUUGGGGUUUUUUUAAGACUUCAGAUUAGUAUAAGUAAGUCUGAUAUUUCUUGCACAAUAUAGAUCUUUUUAGUUAGGUUAAAUUAACAUUGCUAAAUUAUACAGUGCCAGAUUAAGUUUUUCAUACUACAUCUGUCAGGGCAGGUCUGUACUGUGUGUAGUGCUGUUUACAUUGUUGAAAUUUUAGGCUGUAAUAAUUUUAAGGUUUUAUACCAAGAUGAACAACAGUGUUAACUGUUAACUAUAAAUGCAUUAAUCCCCUGGUAAUAAGGCUCUCAAAAACAACAUAAGCAACAGCUUUUUGUAAUAUGGCUAAAUCCCAUUUUAAGCUAACUCUUAGUGAAUGAGUCCAGAUCAUUCCUUUUUUUGGAGUUUCAAACUAAAUGUUGGGAUUGUUUUAUAAAAUUACUGUACCUGUCAGUCAACUGAGUGGUAGAUGAUGAUUUGUAUCUAAAUCUCUUACACAUCACAUAAUAAAGAGCAGUACUACCUCAGUUUUAUUGAAAGUGGACUUCUUGAUGGACUUCCGUUUUCUCUGGAAGUUGUAUUUUUGUGGCUACAUGAGAAUAUUUUUACUUGACUAAAGGAACCAAAGGUUCUGCUUCUUAAGUUUGCUAAACAUUGACAGAAGCAACACACAAACCCUAAGUCUUCAAGGAAAACUGUGGUAUAAUUCUGCUUUAAUUUGUUUGAUUUAUACCUGAAGUAUUAUCUUACUUGUCUGGCAAGCACAGUACUUCUAUGUAAGGAACUAUCUUUUGCAUUAAUAUUGACGAACCAAUUUUUUAAAACCUAUGUUUAAUUGCUAAAUCGCAGUUAAUACUCCACACUUUCUGGAGCAACAAUAUCUGCAUCUGAUGACAAAGUGAAUUCUUAAUGUGUUCUUAAUGACAACAGUAUAGAUGAGUCAUUUUUAGACUGAUUUGAUAAUAUUUGGAUAGGAGUCAAUUUAUUAUUUUACAAUGCCUGUAUUGAGACUAUUUGCCUGUUGAAACUGUUGUGACUUAAAGGGAGUUUUAUUAACACUGGUUGAAACUUUUUUGGUUAUUGAUGCUACCUUUUUUAAUUUUAGUAUGUCAACUUUUUACACCUUUUGGUAAAAGGAAUGAUUGCCAAGGCUUUCUAUAGAGCUAAGUACUGGCUUAAUGAAUUUGAUACACUUCCAUUACACACCUUUUAUUUUCAGAGCUGCAUUUCAGGAUCAUAAAAUGGCUUCAAUUAAAAACCAAAACCAAACAAAAAAAACCUGGACAGUCAUCCAUAGCAUCUAAUGGCUUUUGUGAUAGAAGGGUUUUAAAGCUAAAGGGAAACAGAUUUUAAGUGGCGAGCUUGUCACUGGAUCCAGGAUGGCAUGCUUUGCACAUCUGCUGUGCCCCAGAGGGGUUAGCAGAGAGAGGAGGAGGAUCUGCCUGAAUUCUGUCACUGGCUUUGCUGGUGCGCAGCCUAUGCAAUAGCUUGGGUCUGAGAUCAUAAAUCACUAACAAAAUGUGGGUAUUGAAAACUGUUUAAAAACAAACCCACAAGCCACAGAUAGCAUCUCUUUCAUCUAAUAAAAGGAUAGUUUGGUCCAUGCUGCUUCUGCAAGCUCUUGCUGGGAGACGCGUUAAGCUGUGGAAAACAAAUGUUGUUGUUCUAGAUGCAGCUGAGUCUCUCCCUUUGCAGGAGGGGAGCCCUGAACUUGCUGUAUUAUAGGUAAAUGUACCCCAGACUUUGUCCUUGCUACUAUAACCUUCCAAGCUACCAUGGCACAAGCACUGUUUGGCAGCAAAACCUUAUUCUGAUUUGGUGAACAAAGCAGGCCAAAGCACUUGUGCUGGUAUAACUGAAUUUAUGGUGAGACUUUUGCUGGUGCUGUUUUUUCCAAAAAAAAGAAAAAAAAUUCCCCAACAGAGGCUGCUUUGUUAGCAAAAGUUCCAAAUGGAGACUGAUUUGAUAGUAAAUGAAGACUGUAUUUGUAAGUUUGAGACUACUCAUUCAUUCAGUUAUUAAAUGCUUUGUUCAU